AUGACAAAGUUACAUACAUGUUAUCCAAGCUCAGCAUCUUCAAAGCUAGGAGUUGAUAGAGGUUCACAUGUGAUCUCAAAAUUCAAGCCUAAGAUCAGGAUAAUUCAUAUAUAUGCUCCAGAAAUCAUUAAAAUUGAUGCUGAAAAUUUUAGAGAGCUAGUUCAAAGACUCACAGGAAAGCCAGAUGAUGGAGGGGGAGGAAGAAACAAAUCCAAAACUGCACUGACCAAAGAUCCAAUAAUAGAUUUACACACCAAGAAGGCCAUGAUCAUGCAAGAAGAUGAAGAGUUUUUGAGUAUGCAAAACGAGAUAAGGGUAAAGAAUGCACAUAACGAGGAAGCAGUUGAAGAUGAUAUGUGGAGAUCAAAGUCAAAAGAGAAGUUUAGUGGUUUCCUUGAUGGGUUCACAGAAUUGGAUGGUUUUAUGGAAGAGUUAAGUACUAUGCCUGUAGUUGAUCAAAAUUAA